UGUGGUUGUGGGGAACUGGAAGCAAAAUUUUCUCAAGUGUGGAGGCUCUGAGAACAGUGGGAAAACCUAGCAUUUAGCAGGGAACUGAGCUGCUUCCUAAGCCAGUCCUGUAAGAGGGGGAAGGGUGGGAAACAGGAGAUUCAGGGAUGGAGUAAAGAUGCUGAAGGCAUUCUGUAAGUAUCAUGCUGUGUACUCUACUGGUCAUUGCAACAUUCACAGCAACAAAGAACUAGGUGGUAUCACAUAUGGAAACUAAGUUCAGAGAGGUUGUUUAACUUAGCGGAGGAGACAUAGCCAAUAAAUGAAGUGACAGAGACAGGAUUUGAUUAGACUUUCUGAUCAAAAGGUAAGCAUCACUUACCUUUUUGGCUACCCUUUAGCACCCUAAGGCCUUGGUUUCUCUUCUAGUCUCUCCAGGGAUGUUUCUUGGAAAUUCCUCUCUGAGGUUUAGUUCCUGUAAAUUCAGGCCUAAUGAGUGCCACUUGUCUCUAGGUUUCAGCUUGUUCUCUAGAACAGAAGAUACUUUUGCAGACAAUGACCCUUCAAACACUAGAUGAAGAAUCGUCAUAUACCCGAGCUCAGCCCCCAGCAGUCCAGUUCAAGGGUGAAAGACCUGAGCCCCUACCAUCAGAGGAAACAGAUGGUGAGAUGAAGAUUGAGAAUUUGACAUUAGAAGUGAAACAGGAACCUUGUGAAGAAACAGAAUGGUAUAGGGAGGGGUCUGAUGGACAUCAUGAAACUAUAUGUCAGCAUGCCAUACAGAGAGGAGACAAUGAGCCUAGUGAAAGUUGGAAAUGCAGAAUGGGGAUGCCACAGGUGAGAAAAUACAUGAAUGUGAUGAAUGUAAGAAAACCUUCACCUGGAUGAGAGGCCUUCAUAGGCACAAGAGGAUCCACAAUGGGAAGAAACCAUACUCCAGUACAGAAUUUGGGCUUCACAGCAAGGAAAAGCCUUAUCAGUGUAAAGAGUGUGGCAAAGACUUCAGUCAGAAAGCAGGCCUCUCUCAACAUCUCAAAAUCCACAUUGUAGAUAAGCCUCAUCAGUGUAAUAAAUGCGGCAGAUGUUUUAGUCAAAGAUCAGUUCUUUCAAAACAUCAAAGUCUCCACACUGAAAAGAAGCCUUUUGAAUGUAUAUACUGUGGGAAAACCUUCUGCCAUAGUGCAGACCUCACUGAACAUAAACAAUUGCACAACAGAGAGAAGCCUUAUGAAUGUAAUGAAUGUGGGAAAACCUUCAGGCAGCGUUCAAAUCUUACUGAGCAUCAGCGAAUUCACAGUAAAGAAAAACUUUUUGAAUGUAAAGUAUGUGGAAAAGCCUUCACUCAGUAUGCAGGACUUAACCAACAUCGGAGAAUCCACACUGGAGAGAAACCUUUUGAAUGUCCUGUAUGUGGACGAGCUUUUAGCCGAAGCUCGGAACUUAUAAUACAUCACAGAAUUCACUCAGGAGAGAAACCUUAUGAAUGUGCUGAGUGUGGAAAAACCUUUAGAGUGAACUCAACCCUGAUCAUACAUCAGAGAAGUCACACUGGGGAGAAGCCCUAUAAAUGUGAUGAGUGUGGUGAAGCCUUCAGUCAACACUCAGGCCUUAACAAACACAAAUUAGGAGGAAAGCACAGAAACCCUCCUAAACUAAGAAAAUAUACAUGUGAUGAGUGUGGAAAGACCUUCGCACAGUUAACUGGCCUGAGAAACCACAAAAGAAUCCAUACUGGGGAUAAAACCUACCAAUGUCCUGAGUGUGGCAAGUCCUUUACAAGGGGAGAGCAUCUUAUUGAGCAUCAGGGGAUUCACAACAAGGAGAAGCCUUAUCAAUGUAGAGAGUGUGGCAAAGCCUUCAGUCAGAAGACAGGUCUUAGUCAUCAUAUCAAAAUCCACACAGGAGAGAAACCUUUUGAAUGUUCUGACUGUGGGCGAGACUUCAGCUGUAAAUCAAAUCUCAAUAAACAUAAGAGAGUCCAUUCUGAGGAAAAAUCCUAUACAUAUAAAUAGUAUGGGAAUGUCUAUUAGGCAGAGAGCAUUGCUAAUCCAACAUCAGAGAGGCCACAUCCUGCUAAGCCUCAGCAGUGGUGUGAAUGAGGUAAAGCCUAGAAGCUCAGCUCUGAUUAGUCACCAGAGAAUCCACUAAAAUGACUCCUUGCCAAGAUGUCUGGUGACAACUUCAAGUAGAAUUAAGAAUUUUUUUUCAAUUGAGAUGAAAUGUUUCUUAAACUUCAUUAUUUAAAGAAUGUCAGAGAUACUGUGUUGAAAAGUUGUUUAAAGGUCAUAAAUGCUGGAAAAGUUGAGAAUUUGGGAAAAUAAACAUCAAUAAGAAAUUCACCUGUAAUUACCUUUGUUAAAUGCAAUGAAGUGUCAGUUAAUACAAUGAAAAGGUAAACAAGGGAUUCUGUUUAAAAAUUAUUUUUUAUACUGAAUUCACAAGUUUUUAUGUUUUGCUUUUUGAAAUCAUUUUGAUUUCUGAGUAGCCUUAGCCUAGUCUAAUGUUGAAAUUGCUUUUCACCGUACCAGUUGCAGUCACUGAAAUAUCCAAAAGCUUGGAAUGUGUGAGAUCGGUUGUCUGUUUCUCUACCACCUUGUCUUCCUAACCAAGCCUCUGACCAGAACUGGGUGACCUGCAGACCCUUCCCAAUCCUGACCUCUCCCCCGUGACACCCCCUCCCACCCCCCAAACUAGCAUUUCCUGGUGAAAAAAGAUGUAUUACACUCUAAGUGAUGUGGAGGGCAUAAAGGUUUGGGACCACAGUACAUCGAAAUCUAGUGUGGCCAUCAAUGGCUAAAGUUCAGAGCACACAUUUUUUUAUUGUGAACACAGCUCCUUGAGCUCAAACAGAGGACAAAAGAGAAGAGGAGAAAGUAAGCCUUUCAUUUCAGCAUUUUCCAUCUCCUACAAAUUACAUUAACACAACUGAAAUCUCCUUCAGCUUCAGCACUGCCUAUCUCACUCAGUUAAUGUAGUGAGGGACUUUGCUGAAGUUGGUAAUAGCUUUCAAGCACUGGAAGAAUAUUUCCUCAGUUUUAUGACUGCACUUGACUUCUGUUGGAUUUUAUAUUAUUUAUAGGGCAAUAUAAUUCCCUGUCAAUAGCAAGAAAAUCCGGCCCAACCAUGGUAAAAAUAUUGGUGUAUUUAAGUCCAUCUUAGGCUACCUAGUCUGCUGAUUUGUCAUUCUGUCGCUUUUCCACUCUGCUGCCUUUAAUCCUCUGAAAAUAAGACUCAAAACUUUGCUGUUCAUGGAGAAUGUUUCCCCUUGUCUCUUUUUGUAGUCGCUACCUCUCACUUCCAAGGUGAAUAAAACUAACAUUUCUCUUUUAGGCCAAUGAUAUUUAACUGUCUUCAGGCUCCAGCCUAUUCAUAUAAAUACAGUGUUUUCUUAAAUGGCAAAUAUGGAGCAUUAAAUGUUAUUAAAUGUUGUGUCAGUCCUUGAAGCCCAAGUCAAGUGUGACUCACUUGUCCAACACUUUUUUGAGAUGUAAUUUGUAUAUUCAGAUCUACAACAAAAUGAUUCAAUAUUCAUAUAUAUUAUGAAAUAAUCACCACAAAAAUGUCUAAUCAAUAUCCAUCAACACAGAUAACAAAAUUUUCUUCUUUUGAUAAGAAUAGUUAAGAUCAACCCUCUUAGCAACUUUCAAGUAUGCAAUACAGUAUUAACUAUAGUCAUCAUGUUGUAUAUUACAUCCCAAUGACUUUAUUUUAUAAAUGGAAGAUUGUACCUUUGACCCUCUUCACCCAUUUCACCCCUACCCUCUCCCCCAACUCUGGCAACCACCUACCUGUUCUCUGUGAAUUUUAUUUUUUUCCUGUUGUUUUAGAUUGCAUGUAUAAGUGAGAUCAUAUGGUAUUUGUCUUUCUCUGAAUUAUUUCACUCAGCAUAAUGUCCUCAAGUUGUUGCAAAUAGCAAGAUUUCCUUUUUGUUGGCUGAACUGUAUACACACCCACAUUUUCUUUAUCCAUUUAUCUGUCGAUGGGCACUUAGGUUGCUUUCAUGUGUUGGUUAUUGUAAGUAAUGCUGUAGUGAACAGGGGGGUACAGGUAUCUUUUUGAGUUGGUGUUUUUGUUUUGGGUAAAUGCC